AUGGCUGCCUUUGCUGGAAUCACUCCCCGCCACCUGGAGCUCCUCGCAGCUGUCGUCAAGAAUCUCAAGUCCACCGAGGUAGACUGGGAUACCGUUGCCACUGACGCCAACUACAAGACUGCCAAGUAUGCUCGCGACGAGUACAAAAAGGCGCGUGAGAAGCUCCAGAAUGCGGCAACAUCCAGCAAGGACAAGGACAAGGAGAGCGGUGCCGGUACUGAGGAGGCUACUCCGGCUACCCCAGCAACUACUACGCCGAAGCCGAAGAAGCGCAAGGCUGCCACUGAGAAGACCCCAACCAAGGCUAAGAAGGGCAAGAAGUCUGAAGCUACGGUCAACGAGGUUGAAGACGAGGAGAUUCAGGUGAAGGCAGAGCCGAAGGUCGAUGACGACGAUGGUGAGGAUGAGGCAGGUCAGGACGAGGAUGAGGGUCUGCUCUUUUGA